CCGGGGUCGGUGUUAGGUUCGCCGGAACCUCGCUCUCCUGACUUCUGCUUCCGGGUCGGAGCCAUGGCGGUGGCAAAUUCAAGCCCUGUCAACCCUGUGGUGUUUUUUGAUGUCAGCAUUGGUGGCCAGGAAGUUGGCCGUAUGAAGAUCGAGCUCUUCGCAGACGUUGUGCCUAAAACAGCCGAGAACUUUAGGCAGUUCUGCACUGGAGAAUUCAGGAAAGAUGGGGUUCCUAUAGGAUACAAAGGAAGCACUUUCCACAGGGUCAUAAAGGAUUUCAUGAUACAGGGUGGAGAUUUUGUUAAUGGAGAUGGUACUGGAGUUGCCAGUAUAUACCGGGGACCAUUUGCAGAUGAAAACUUUAAACUUAGACACUCAGCUCCAGGCCUGCUUUCUAUGGCAAACAGUGGUCCCAGUACAAAUGGCUGCCAGUUCUUCAUCACCUGCUCUAAGUGUGAUUGGCUGGAUGGGAAGCACGUAGUGUUUGGGAAAAUUAUUGAUGGACUUCUAGUGAUGAGAAAGAUUGAGAAUGUUCCCACGGGGCCCAACAAUAAGCCCAAGCUGCCCGUGGUGAUCUCACAGUGUGGGGAGAUGUAGUACCAAGCAAGACUGAAUCAGACCUCUGGGUCUCCGAUGAGCAAGAUAAUCUGCACUGGUCCUUGUGUCUGCUUCCUGGCCUGCCAAUGCCCUGUUUGAUCAAGAGACCUUGGAAGUAUCACAGAUUGAACCCAAGAUUUUCCCUGUUUUUCAACUGUAAAUAAAGGUGUUUUUGUUUGUUUGUU